AACUUUCCGAAUAAUUGCCUUCUGAAUCUGGCAGAAAUCACGCACAUUGUUUGGUAUCGUCUGCUACCAUGAAAAUCUCAAUGUUUAGGAUACACGAAGUUUGAAGCUGGCAAGCUAGGAUGCAGUUUUAAAGCACAGUUUAUAAAAUAUGUGCGGUAGAAUUGCUUGUACACUUGACAAGGAUUGCAUUCAAAGAGCGACUUGUCGAUAUUCGAAAAAUAAGGAAAGUCUAAACUGGAUUGAAAAGUAUAACUGGCAAAGCUAUCAACCAAAUUAUAAUCUCUCUCCUAGCCAGAUAUCUCCUGUUCUGGUAGCUGAUUAUCUAAUUUCUGCACAAGAUAAUUCUGAUUACAAUCAUGUUAUUACACCAAUGCGUUGGGGUUUUAUUCCAUCGUGGUACAAAGGAUCAUAUGAAGAAUUUUCCCUGAAAACGAACAACUGCCGAAUAGAAGGCAUUUUGGAGAAACCUACCUACAGAGGAUCAGCCGUAGCUGGUCGUCGAUGCGUCAUUCUUGCCGAUGGAUUUUAUGAAUGGAAAGUUGUUAGCAAUAAGCAGAAAAAACCCUAUUUUAUUUACUUUCCUCAAGAAGAUGGUCCUGAUGUAUUCUGCAGGGAAAAUGACUCUUCAUCUGAAAGCAAAGAAUGGAAAGGACCUCAUCUUCUGACAAUGGCAGGCCUUUUUGACAUAUGGAGAACUUCAGAA